AUGUCUUCCAUCGUCAACAAGGUCAAGGGCGCCUUGUCCAAGAACGACGACAAGACCGUCACCGAUACCACGCACACCUCAUCUGCAGCCAACCCUUCUCAGCCUCGCACCAAAGACACCCACGCGGCCGGCGACAACCGGGGCGUUCAGAGCGGUGGUUCUACCACCGACGGACCCCACGGGACAGCAACCACGGGAAACACGACGUCCCACACGGGCACCCACGGCACAACCGGUACUCAUGGCCUAGCUGGCACGACUGGUACCCAUGGCACGACUGGCCUUCAUGACACGACCGGCACCCAUGGUGCAACUGGUAUAACUGGUACCCAGGGCACGACCGGAACACAUGGCACAACCGGUACCCAUGGCACGACCGCAAUUCCUGACACAACUGGCACCCAUGGCACCCACAGCACAACUGGUACCCAUGGCACAACCGGUGCCCUUGGCGGAGUUGGCACUCAUGGCACCCACGAGCCACACCAAACAACUGGCCCGACCACCACUGCGGGACAUGGCAACGCAGUCGCUGACAAGCUCGACCCCCGUGUCGAUUCCUCCACGACGCGGGAUCAUUCUAGCCACACGUCCCACCACGGCACCGCCGCCGGCGCUGGUCUCGCCGCGGGAGCAACAGGCGCGGCCGCUGGGCACCAUGCCAGCCACGGCGUUCACGGCACCACCGAGGCCAACCGCGGCUUUGAUGGGCCUGCGAGCAAGACGGACGGACCCCACUCCAGCAAUUUGGCCAACAAGGCGGACCCGCGAGUGGACUCCGAUCGCGACCACUCGAAGAACAUGGGUGCGAAUCCCCAAGGUUCUGCCACCACCGGUAACACGAGCUCCACGACGCAUGGCACAUCCGGCAAUACUGGCGGUGGUGCCUUCUUUAGCGGAACUGGAGCCGAUACCACGCAUGGAAUCACGCAGAGCGGAACGCACAGCACUCACGGCCACAACACCCAUGGAGCUCCUGAGGGAACAUACGGGACUCACGAUAGCCGUUUGGCAAAUGCCGCCGAUCCCAGAAUCGAUUCGGACAGAGACGGUAGCCGCAAUGCCGGCGCCGCCCAUUCGGGGACGCACACUGGCACUCACACUACUACUGGCGCGCACACGGCUGGGACUCAUGGCCACAACACCCGAGGAGCCCCUGAGGGAACUUACGGAACGCACGAUAGUCGUUUGGCGAAUGCUGCCGAUCCUAGGAUCGACUCGGACAGAGACGGUAGCCGCAAUGCUGGCGCCGCCAAGGGGACACACACUGCUGGCACGCAUGUCCCGGGUACAGGUCCAGCUCCGAACACAGCAGGACCGCACAAGUCGGACCUCCUCAACAAGGUUGACCCGAGGGUUGAUAGCGAUUUGGAUGGAUCCAAGACAAUUGGUGGAAACAAGACUUUUUCGCAGUCACACAGAAACCACGCCAUUGCCCACAAGGACCCCACAGAUGCGGCGCAAGUACCACCUUCAGUGCUCCGCCAGCAUGUUGGAGACGUUGCGGUGCAUCAUGAUGAUCCCAAACAUGAUCGUGAGAGGCGACAUAGUGUUUCGCAUCAAGAACAGCACAGGGGGCUGUAA